AUGGAGAAGAGGCUGCUGACAUUGGCGGCGGUGUUAUUCGCCAUGGCGGCGGUGGUACCGGAAGUGUCUGCUAAGAGAUGGCUCGUGGGGAAAAUGGGGUGGACUACUCAAGUCAACUACACUCUCUGGGCUCAGGAUCUCCACUUCUACAAUGGCGACUGGCUCUAUUUUGUGUAUGACAGGAACCAGAUGAACGUGCUGGAGGUGAACAAGGCUGACUACGAGAGCUGCAAUGCCGACCACCCGCUCAAGAACUGGACCAGAGGAGCUGGAAGAGAUGUGGUUCCACUCAACGUGACGCGAGACUACUACUUCGUCAGCGGGAGAGGGUUCUGUUUUGGUGGCAUGAAGCUGGCCCUCCGCGUCGAGAACCUGCCGCCGCCUCCGGUACAAAAGGCGUCGCCGGUCAUUAAGACUACUGACGCUCCUUCGACCAUUCUCUGCCGCCGGCCCGGAGUGCGGCCUGCAGUUUUCGCCAUCGGAGCUCUGUGGGAUGCAUUUGUCCGCCUCUGGCAGUGA